AUGCCUCAGUUCUCCACCGAGGGCUGGUCCUUCGAGACCUCAGAGCCAUCGGCAGCUAUUGCAGAUGCUGUUGAACGGGAUGAGAUCGAGAAGGAGUUGCCCUCCCAUAGACGGUGGAUCCCAGAUAUGGUCUUCUCUGGUGCUCAUUUGACUAUUGAUCGGCCCGUUGCGAAUGUGCGGAUUUCCUUCAACAUUACUGAUGCUCUAAUGGGAGUGGCGGAGUGGCAGGAGGGCACCAUUGGGGCCAACGAUGGGCUCUUGAGUCGUGUAGGGGUGGAUAUAUGGCAGGAACUCGGGGAAAGAUGUCCUCAUCAAGUACGAGUAGCCGCUGCGAGGACUUGGCACCCUGACAUGAGUAACCCGGACGUGCACGUCGUCAGCCCUACGGCUAGCAAUCAUAACCCGCAACUUCCCAAGGCUGACUGGACUUACUCUACUGCUUAUGGGGGCACGUUCACAGGGCCUUGGCUCAGUGAUGAGAUCAGGGGCUCGGCUGAGUGUCUGCCACGGUGUCAACUCACUGAUAGGAGUCUACCAAUACGGUGGUUCUCUCAGGUUUGCUUAUGGGAGGAUGAGCUGGCUGAUAACGGUAGUAGUAAAUAUGUAAUACGAGUGCGAGUGAUGCCAAAUUUUUGGUACGUGUUAGCGUCCUUCCUCCUACGAGUUGACGGUGUUAUCAUUCGUUUAGUAGAGACCCGUAUUUUCCACCAAUUCGGCACUCACGAGGUCAUCCGCCACUGGUCCUGGCGAGAACGGGAGUUGAAUGGGCUGGAUGCGGCCCCACUGCGUGCUAAGGUUGAUGCCGCUGUGGCCCAAGGGCUGAUCGGCUGUGAGAGUCUGGCAGAAGACGAGGGCAGUCUGUGUUUUGAAUUAUGUGAUAAAUUUACUUUCAAUGAUAGUUUAUAA